UGCGUUAUGUGGGGCACUUGAUGGUUUUUGUUUUUGUUUUUCCUUAAAAAAAAUUCCUCCUUUAGCCCUUUCCACCUUCCACCUCCCCCUUCGUCUCCCCAGGUUGAUAUUUUUUUCCUCUUCUGUGAGCUUGCCCAUGAGCCUGCUCGGAAGCUACCGGAAAAAGACCAGCAACGAUGGUUAUGAAUCCCUGCAGCUGGUGGACAGUAACGGGGACCUAAAUGCGGGGAGCGGCGGGGGAGGCGGCAAGCUGAGAGUGAACGCCGGGGCGGCAGCGGCGCGGAGUCCCGCCCGGCAGCCUCAGGACCGCGCCAGCACCAUGGACAGCUCAGGUGCCUCGUCUCCAGACAUGGAGCCCAGCUAUGGGGGAGGUCUCUUUGACAUGGUGAAAGGAGGUGCAGGGAGGCUCUUUAGUAACCUAAAGGACAACUUGAAAGACACCCUCAAAGACACGUCUUCCAGAGUUAUACAAUCUGUUACCAGCUACACGAAGGGAGAUUUAGACUUCACUUAUGUUACCUCCAGAAUUAUUGUGAUGUCCUUUCCUCUGGACAGUGUUGACAUAGGAUUCAGAAAUCAGGUUGAUGACAUUCGAAGCUUUUUGGAUUCCAGACAUCUUGACCACUACACGGUGUACAAUCUGUCGCCCAAGUCUUAUCGAACUGCCAAGUUUCAUAGCAGGGUCUCAGAAUGCAGUUGGCCCAUCAGGCAGGCCCCCAGUCUGCACAACCUCUUUGCUGUGUGUCGGAAUAUGUAUAACUGGCUACUACAGAAUCCCAAAAACGUCUGUGUUGUCCAUUGCUUGGAUGGACGGGCAGCAUCAUCAAUUCUGGUUGGUGCUAUGUUCAUUUUCUGUAAUCUCUACUCUACUUCUGGCCCAGCUGUUCGAUUACUCUACGCAAAGCGACCAGGAAUCGGACUUUCGCCAUCCCACAGGAGGUACCUGGGCUACAUGUGUGACCUCCUAGCAGACAAACCCUACCGCCCUCACUUCAAGCCUCUCACUAUUAAGUCGAUCACUGUCAGUCCAGUUCCUUUUUUCAACAAACAGAGAAAUGGAUGUCGCCCUUACUGUGAUGUACUGAUUGGAGAAACCAAAAUAUAUACAACUUGUGCAGAUUUUGAACGAAUGAAAGAAUACCGUGUCCAAGAUGGAAAAAUCUUCAUUCCCUUGAGCAUCACUGUGCAAGGAGAUGUGGUUGUUUCCAUGUAUCACUUGAGGUCAACCAUUGGAAGCCGGCUACAGGCUAAGGUGACCAACACUCAGAUAUUCCAGCUUCAGUUUCAUACUGGAUUCAUUCCACUGGACACAACAGUUUUAAAGUUCACCAAGCCUGAGUUGGAUGCAUGUGAUGUACCAGAAAAAUAUCCUCAGCUAUUUCAGGUGACUCUGGAUGUAGAACUACAGCCCCAUGACAAAGUGAUAGACUUAACCCCACCAUGGGAACAUUACUGCACAAAAGAUGUCAACCCCAGCAUCCUCUUCUCUUCUCACCAGGAGCAUCAAGAUACUCUGGUCUUAGGAGGACAGGCUCCAAUAGACAUCCCUCCAGACAACCCCAGACAUUUUGGGCAAGGUGGCUUCUUUUCCACUCUCUGUUGGCAAGAUCAGAAAUCGGAGAAAUCAUUCUGCGAGGAGGACCACGCUGCCCUAGUGAAUCAGGAAAGUGAGCAGUCGGAUGAUGAACUUCUGACCCUUUCCAGCCCACAUGGCAAUGCCAAUGGCGACAAACCUCAUGGAGCCAGGAAGCCCAGCAAAAAGCAGCAGGAGCCAGCUGCCCCUCCACCCACUGAGGAUGUGGACCUUCUGGGUCUAGAAGGGUCUGCAGUGAGUAAGAACUUCUCUUCACCGGCGGCUCCUCCCACCAAUUCCGAACUUCUGAGUGACCUGUUUGGGGGUGGAGGUGCAGCCGGCCCUGCCCGGGCUGGACAGUCAGGGGUGGAAGACGUGUUUCAUCCGAGUGGACCUACAUCUACCCAGUCAACACCGCGCCGGUCCACCGCCUCCACCUCUGCGUCUCCAACACUGAGAGUAGGAGAAGGUGCCACCUUUGACCCAUUUGGAGCACCUGCUAAACCAUCAGGUCAGGAUUUGCUGGGUUCUUUUCUGAACACAGCCAGUGCUUCCAGUGACCCCUUUCUUCAGCCUACGAGAAGUCCUUCACCUACAGUGCAUGCUUCUAGUACACCUGCUGUGAACAUUCAGCCAGAUGUUUCAGGAGGUUGGGACUGGCAUACUAAACCAGGAGGUUUUGGAAUGGGAAGCAAGUCAGCUGCCACCAGCCCAACAGGCUCGUUGCAUGGUACUCCCACCCAUCAAAACAAACCCCGGACUCUGGAUCCUUUUGCCGACCUUGGGACAUUAGGUGGUUCUUCAUUUGCCAGCAAACCCUCCACACCGACUGGAUUGGGUGGAGGAUUUCCACCUCUCAGCUCGCCACAGAAAGCAUCUCCCCAGCCUAUGGGUGGAGGGUGGCAGCAGGGAAGUGGCUACAGCUGGCAGCAGACACAGUCUAAGCCACAGUCCAGCAUGCCCCACUCCUCUCCCCAGAACCGACCCAACUACAACGUGAGCUUCUCAUCUGUGCCUGGGGGCCAGAACGAACGUGGGAAAGGAGCAGCUAACUUGGAAGGGAAACAAAAAGCAGCUGACUUUGAAGACUUACUCUCUGGUCAAGGUUUUAAUGCUCACAAAGACAAAAAGGGCCCUCGAACAAUAGCUGAGAUGAGAAAGGAGGAAAUGGCUAAGGAGAUGGAUCCUGAGAAAUUAAAGAUUCUGGAAUGGAUUGAAGGCAAAGAGAGAAAUAUCAGAGCCCUUCUGUCCACGAUGCAUACCAUGCUGUGGGCUGGGGAGACUAAGUGGAAACCAGUUGGCAUGGCAGACCUGGUCACACCAGAGCAGGUGAAGAAAGUGUAUAGGAAGGCUGUGCUGGUGGUGCAUCCAGAUAAAGCUACUGGGCAACCUUAUGAACAAUAUGCAAAGAUGAUUUUCAUGGAGCUCAAUGAUGCCUGGUCUGAAUUUGAAAAUCAAGGCCAAAAGCCCUUGUAUUAAUUUAUGAGCUUUUCCAUCUCUGCUGCAGACCUGUGUUAAUGCUUAGUGUGUGUCACAGUUCUGAGGUUUUCACAGGUGAACCAAAAAACUCCAGCAACGUGUAUCCAGUACUUAACUGUUAAGUUACUCGUAAAUUAAUUCCUCAUUGAUAAGGAAUGUGGAUGUUUGUUUUCUCAGAUCCCCACCAUAAAAGGUCCAAAGCAGGAGAGGAACUUUUAGUCAGAUGAGCUUGCAGAGUUUUACAGCCUUCCAGCCUGCCCUUUGGGGAGGCUGCUCAGCGUUUUGUGGGGGAAUGGAAAAUAGAGGCCACCAAAGGCAUAGCACCCAUCUCAGUGUCUGAGGAUAGGAUGAUGAGCAAAAGUUGUAAUAAUAAGAUUACAUGGUGGACUUAAAUGGUUUUCAUAUUUUCUUGGAAAGAUAUAAUUUGAGCAAUGGCUUUACCUAGACUCCAGGAACACAAGCACCAAGUAUCUUUUUCAGUGGAAAUGUACUAUGGUCUCUAGCAUAAUACUGUAUACUUCUUUUGGUCAAGAGGACUGACAGAUGUAAAAGAACCUGAAUUAUGUGGGAAGUGAUUAUAUUACAAUCCAGUGAUUACUACCAACGCUUCCUGGAUAAGCUAAAAUUUCGUGAAAAUGCUGGCUAAAGAAAAAUAGGGACUCUGAGAGUGUAGAAAUCUGUAUUCCUGGUCAGAAAGUUGGGC